UGAAGAAAGUUUCCUGCAAUGUGAGAAUUGAGCAAAGCUGAAACGUGGAGAUUUUUAUAUUACUUGGGAGAUUCGGAAAUGACUCUUUGAGCUUAUUCUUGGACUCAGCAAUCGACAAGCGCACAAUGGUGAAGAAGAGGCCGUCUUCCAGUGACACGGUGCUCCGGUUUGCGAGUCCAGGCAGCCCAAGGAAGGCCAGUGUGGAGGCCCCCCACAGCUCCACGGACAGCCCCAGCUGGGCGUUUCUCAGCUCAGAGGCUGAGAAUGGUGUGGAGGAGAAAAAGAAACUCUGCAGGUCGCCAACAGCCCAGUCCCCUGCCCCGUCCAUGGAGGCCGAGUCCCCAGACCAGAAGAGAAUUGUUUCCCUACGGUCAAAAUCCAGUUUUGAUGGUGCCUCUUUAGCAGGUGAUAAGAGCGACUGUAAAACAGAAAGCAAAAAUGACCCUAAGACUGAAAGGAAAAAGUCAUCUUCCUCUAGCCAGUACAAAGCAAAUAUGCACUUUCACAAGUUGUUUCUUGAUGUCCCAACUGAGGAACCGCUGAGGCAAAGCUUCACCUGUGCUCUACAGAAAGAAAUCCUAUACCAAGGAAAGCUCUUUGUAUCAGAAAACUGGAUUUGUUUUCAUUCCAAGGUCUUCGGAAAAGACACAAAGAUCUCCAUUCCCGUUUUCUCGGUAACCCUAAUAAAGAAAACCAAAACUGCUCUUCUGGUGCCAAAUGCCCUGAUUAUAGCGACGGUCACAGACAGGUACAUAUUUGUCUCCUUACUCUCCAGAGAUUCGACUUACAAACUACUCAGAUCUGUGUGUGGACACUUGGAGAGCGCCAGUGUUGGUAACAGCCCCAAUCCAUCGUCGGCUGAAAAUAGUUUCCGGGCAGACCGCCCUUCAUCUUUGCCUCUGGAUUUCAAUGAUGAAUUCUCGGAUCUGGAUGGAGUGGUUCAACAAGGGAGGCAAGACAUGGAAGGAUACAGCAGUUCGGGUUCUCAAACCCCCGAAUCCGAGAACUCUCGAGAUUUCCAUGUGACAGAAUCCCAGACAGUUCUGAACGUCUCCAAGGGAGAAGCGAAACCAAGUCGGGCAGAUGGCCAUGUGAACAGAGUGCCUGAAGGAAAAGCCAAGAGUCAGCCUGCACAUGGUCAGUCAGAAACCAUCGGACUCUUACAUAAAGUCAGGCCUCAGAAAUGGCCAACUCUCCACCACAUUCUUAUAUUCUAUGCAGUUGUUGUCUGUGCACUAAUCAUCUCAACCUUCUACAUGAGAUAUAGAAUUAAUACUCUGGAGGAGCGGCUGGGGUCACUAACCUCCACCGUGGACACCCAUAAUACUGAGCAGACAGCACCAUCUGGCCUGGGCUCACAAGCACAAUUAAAUGCGGAAGUCCUCUGCCAAGAGCUCGCAGCUAACAUAGUGAGAUUAGAAAAGAUACAGAGUAACUUACAAAAGCUGCUUGAGAAUGGUGACUGACCGACCAGCUCGCCUGGGCCGACCUGACACCUCUCGUUUCCCUUGGAGGAAGGUGCUCCCCGAGGCAGGCACUCUGCUUGAGCUCCCUGCCGGUCGGAGGCGCGAGCGCGUGAGAACCCAGACGUGUUUGCACUUGGAGGUCUCCAGCUCAGGAAAGGGGGGAAGGGAAAUCAUUUUGGUUCUUGUGCAAUAAAAGUUGACCUUGACUCUGUGAGGAAGUUUUUGCUGCUGCUGCCUGAAGAAAACAGACCAUCUCUGGAGGUCUCAGGAAGGGCCCAGUAGACCCUCCUCUUGGAUGGUUGAGGUUCGGCCAUUAUCGUGAUGGUGUCAGCAACACUCCACGCCUUUUUAGUCCUCACCAGCUUCCUUUUUUCUCCCUGAUAGCCCUCUUAACCAACCUUCAAACUAAGGGAUCUGUUAUAUUCUAUACCAGCGAAUUCAAUGUGGUCCUUUAAAGAAUUAGCCAUGAAUAUCAAAAGGCAAUAAAUAAAUGGCUCUAAAUGAACAGGCUUGCUUCAAACUAAUAACACCUACAUUUUGUUAGUCUUUUUUUUUUCCUUCUGCUGUUUUGUUCUGGUUUAACUUGCCUGUGUAUCUUAAUUUCUCAAUUCCGUUUUGGCAGGAAUAUCAGGCAAAGUGGAUGGAACUAUCCUGUUUACAUUUUAUUGCCGUAACUAGUAGUUAAUUGGAGUGAUCUUCACCCAGCAGAGGUCAGGCAUCUGUGAGGCACGAGACUGAAGUACUAAAUUGAACUUACUUUCAAACCAAAACUAACCUUUAAGCCAAAACUUGUAAUAGUGAUUUAAUACAGGAUGAAAAACACUGAAUUUUUAAGACUGGAGGUGGAUUGUGUUAGCCAUUUUGAAACAGGAUGUCUGUAUUCAGCGUUCAACAACGCUGAAACCCAUUUCAGCGUGACAGUGGUAUGUUUUUCUCCUUUGCUAACUAAAAUAAAGAACUCGUGGUUUGCUAACUUUAUUUACCAUAUGGGUUGGCUGGUUUUUAUUAAUAAUUAUUUAGGGUACCAUUAGAUCUGUAAGUAUAAAAGAUUCUAUCUGCAGUGUAUUUUAUAAUCAUUUCUAUGAAAUGUAUUUUGGUUAAUCGGAUAAGCUAAUAAGUGAAUUGGUUACAUCAUUUGUAUUUGCUAGCCCACUGGACAACUGUACCUGGCGCACCACUGGCUCUUAAUAAAUACUCAUUGGUUAAAAUGUCCUGCUAACAUUGUGUCUUGCCAGUUUGUAAAUUCUUUUAACUAAGACUUACUAUCCUUUUUAACUCCUUCUCCACCUCUUCUCUACUACUACCAACUCACUUCAUACUUCUUUCUUCCCAAGUUUUUAUCUCAAAACUCAAAAAUGAUUUAAAUUCUUGGGUUACAAUGGUAGAGGGAAAAGACAAUGAACUUUGAAAUCA